CUCUCUCCCUCUCUUUCCGCUGCCCCCAUUUUCUAUUGCUUUAAAAUGCAUUUCCACGGAUUAGUUCAGUAGGACAUCUCUCGUUGCUAUUGGCUACUACUAUAUUUAUGACCCCCUUACAUAUUGGCAUCUAAAUCGAGAGAGCUGUUACACGGGUUUAUGGACUGAUAUAAGGUUGUACGGGCGCGCACACACACACACACACACAAGGCAUUGAAGCUAGAAUCCAGGCUUCGCUUGGAAGAUGGGGAACACAAGUGGCAACACCGUAGAAGAAUUGACGGCAUGCGAGAUCUCUCAGUGGUACAAGAAAUUUAUGUGUGAAUGCCCGUCCGGCCAACUGAGACUCUACGAGUUCAAGCAUUUUUUGGGAUUGAAGAAUCUGAGCCCGGCCGCCAAUAGCUACGUGGAGCAAAUGUUCAACACCUUUGACAUGAACCAAGACGGAUACAUUGACUUCAUGGAGUACGUGGCUGCUCUGAGCUUGGUGCUAAGAGGGAAAGUGGAACAGAAGUUGAGGUGGUAUUUCAAAAUCUACGACUUUAACAGGAAUGGCACCAUCAACAAGGAGGAGCUUUUACACAUCGUCAAGGCAAUCAGGUCAAUCAACGGACGUGAGCACGAAACAUCAGCGGAAGAAUUCACCAAUAUGGUGUUUGAGACGAUGGAUAUCAAUGGAGAUGAUGAGCUUUCCCUUGAGGAAUUCUUGGAAGGAGUCCAGAAAGAUAAACUUUUACUUCAUUUUCUGACCGAGAACCUGGAUCUCUCGCACAUCGUUGACGUGAUCCAAAACAAUGGGAAAUGUACAGAGAAGUGAGCGUUUGUGCAGGAAAAGAAUAUCUUACAGAGAUAUUUCCGUUAAAUACUUUUACUUUGUUCCAUCAGCCUCCUUGGAAACUGGUCUCUAAUUGAAAGGAAUGGAGGGAUUAAUUGGAAAAGGUUUACAAGAUUGAUAGAUCGAUAGAUCG